CUACAAAUUCGAUAUGUAAUAUUGAACCAAUGAUAUUUGAUCUAUGAUUUUAAAGUUAUCCACUAUUUAUAAGAUAAAUAGAAAUUUAAAUUAAACAUCAAAGCUACGAUAGAUUCGUAGCUAAGUCUAAUAUAGAGAUAGACUAGGGUUAUUACCCUAACGAGAAGGAUCGAGUACGACCAAAUAUUCUUACCUACUAUAACUCGGACAAGGCCCAACAAGGCCCAAUACUAACACGGUUUAAGUAACCGCAACAAUAUCAAAACACCAAUAAGUAUCGAGCGAAGAUUUAGUGACCUUAGCUAACUGUUGAAAAGUUCUAUGAUUUUUUAGUUUUAGCUUCAUGUAUGUUUUUUACUUAAAAUGAUACAACUAGUCUAUGUUGUUUGAUUGGUUAAGGUUCUUUCCAUUUUUGAAAAUCUAUGGUAGAUGUAGAUUUGGAUGAAUUGGUACAUUUAACUCGACAGUUUGGGCAGUGAGAAAGACAAAUUGUCAAAAGUUAAAGUUAGUAAUUAAUUUUGCGAGGAAGCACAAAUUUCAGUGACCAUUUCUGUAAUUAAACCCUUCCAAUUUGAAAUUAUUUCAUCCGCGCUCACCCAGUAGCCAGUACACUACACUGGCAUUGGAUCCCCUCCCCGUCCCCACCGUCCGUCGCCAAACUUCUCAAAUUCUCAGGCCGCCUUUCUCAAUCAACUCCCAGGAGGUAUUCUACGCUUUAACUCUCUCAAUCUCCCGACGAUUCAUGGUGGAGAUUGUGUAAAUUCGGUCCAGGUAUUUUUGUGAGGAUGACGACUGAAGAGAAGCUGUUCGUCCAGAUCUUCGAGAGGAAAAAGUCAAUACUGGAGCAGGUCAAGAAGCAGACUGAACUCUUCGAUCAGCAUCUCGCCUCCAAAUGCGUCCUCGACGGAAUCUCUCCUCCUCCGUGGCUCUUAUCACUUUCGUUCGCCUCCCUUUCAUUGAAUCCAAACGGGUUGAAGAAGGAAGAGCUUAUAUCUGGGCUCCUGCUUCCACGGUCUCAACCACCAAGCUUUUACCCUAGUGUUCACCAUCCUCAUUCUGAAAACCCUUUUGUUCCUACUUCAUCAGCAAAAGAGAAGCCUUUUGUUCCUGCUGCUAAUGAGGUUCAGCCAAACUGCUUGGAAAGAGAGGUUCAUGAUGUCAACAAAGUUAGUGAUUCAGUUGGCCGGUUGUCUGUUCCGACUCAAUACCCCACCGCUGACACUCCCUCUGCUCUCAUUCAUGCUCUAGACUCUCAAGAUCCUGGUUAUUGUACUGAACACAGUCGAUCAUUGGUGAGGAUUGAAAGAUCCAGAUCGAGGCAAAGGGCAUUGGAGAUUCGCAGUAGUGCAAGAUCAGUUAACCCACAUGAAAAUGCUGAGAAUAAUGAUCCUGGUUCUUGUCAUAAUAACAUUUAUUCCACUGAAGGAGAACUGAAAGUGGUCGAGUCUUGGAGGAAAGAGGGCAGCAGUAAUCAUGAUAAUGUUAGAACUCAAUCAGGUGGACAGUGUCAACUAUCCAGUCCUAUGAAUGAGCUUCCUAGUAAGAAUAAGUCUUCUGAUAUUGUGAAGAAAGAUGUGGUCAGAGAGUCUACCAGCAAGUCAAUGGAGCAGUCUAAUUAUGCCGAUCGGAUGUCAGAAGCAGCAAAUCUUACUUUGGCUGCAGAUGAAAUCAUUGCAACAGAAGUAAGUGGUGGUGAUUGCAUCAUCACUGAAGUUGGCAGUAUCAUUCAUUCUGGUGGAGCUACAAGCUCAAGACAUUCAAGCCUUCAGAACGGUGCUGUAAAGGAAGCUUCAGGCAAGGUCAAGUCAACUAAUAAUGGAGCUAAAGGUGGUGUAUUUGGGCAUUCAAGUGAAAGAUCCUCAGAACAGGCUACUAAUGACAACAUGUUAGAAGAAUCGGUCAAACCCUCCUCUCCAACAUUUAGCGGAACUCACGAACGUUCGAAUUUGAAAAUAAUAGAUAUUGGGAGCGUUGAAAUGGGUAGCAAGGGUGAUUUUGUGAGAGUAACAAGAUCUUUGGGAUCUAACCAGUGUCACCAUGGUGAUGAAGGUGUGCAGCUCAAUUAUCGUAUCAGUAACAGGAAAGAUGGUUUAAAUUCAAACAGGGCACCCUAUCAUGUCGAUAUCUUAAAGAAAUCUAUUAAACCUAUGGUUGAGGUGCCUGACUUACAAAGCACGGAAAUGAGGGGCGGCAUCAUGGGAAUACCCAAACCAACACAGUCCAUAAGCCCCAAUCUUCAAACUGUUGAUGUUUAUGAUUUGCGAAAAAUGAGUGUUUCUUCUAACAUGGUUGAAGAUGCAGAUAUUGCAGUUGCAGAGACCAAAAGAUUAUCACAACUUCUUCUGUCAUCAAGUGUGGUUGGACAAAAAGUGAGUUACCCAGAACAAGAUGAUACUCAUUCUAAUGGCCUGACUUGUGCUGCAAGCACCACUAUUUUCGACGUGGAAAAUUCUGGAGCAGUUCCAGCUGAAACAGGCGCAAACUCUCCUGGGCUAGUUGUGUUUGAUUCUGUUACUUCAAGGUCUAAUUCAGGUGCCCAUGGCAUCGGAGUAACCUCAAGGCUGGGAAGCGAAGAUGCCAUGCUGAUGGAGCCCAAGCAACUUGAUUUUGGUGUCAUGGCAGUUAACAGAACUUCCAAUUCUGAUAUCGAGGAUGAGAAUGGCAUAUUGUCAGCGAAACAGGCUCCCACAAAGAGACAUUCUGUCUGUUUAUCAACUGAAGUAACUUCUGUUGGCCACAGAGAACAGGAUAGUUUAUUGCCCAAUACGCCAUCCACUAGUGGUUUUGAUAGACAUGAAAAGCCUAGGAAGGAUUCAUCACACGAUCCUGGCAAGGACACUGUUAAAGAUGCCAGUAUCAUGGACUCUGUAAAGGAACAGACUAGUAUUGCUGCGUUCGCUCAAAAUCCAUGUUUACGUAGUUCUUUCAUGGGUUCAUGGCCUCAAUAUAAACGCAUAAAAGUUGGUGAUAGGCUAAGUUACCCCUGUUCUGCUACUUCAAGCUUGAUAACAAUGCAAUCCCAAACCUUUCCCCAAUAUAAUGAGGCUCACAGCUCAGAUGAGAAGCAUACUACUGAAGAAAUGCUUCAAGGCUUGGAUAACAACACAGUAUAUGCUUUUGAAGUUCCAUCAUCUAACCUGCCAGUUGAAGAGCUGCAGGAGGCUAUCAGCUCAGAUGAGAAGCAUGCUGCUGACGAAAUGCUUCAAGGCAUGGAUAACAACACAGUACAUGCUUUUGAAGUUCUAUCAUGUAACCUGCCAGUUGAAGAGGAUGAACAUACCUUGGGAGGGAGGGACAGAAGUGAAAAUACAGCUCUCAGUUUUAUGCAUGAACAUCUAGAAGCCAAUCCACUCUCUAGUUUGACAAAGCUGUCAAAUGGCUCGUUUCAAGGUUCUUUGUCAGGGCAGGCCAAAGUGUGGGAGCCAACUGGAAUAUCUGGGCUGCAGAUUUCUGGUGAAAGCCAAGUUUUUUCGCCACAGGUCUCUGACAGCUUCUAUAUGGGAAAAUUGGUUACUGAAAGCAAUAUGCAGCUGAUGAACUCUGAUUCCGGGGUGUAUCAGAAUCCACCAGAUCAUCCUGUUGCUACUCCACUUCCUAUGGAUCCGAUUGCCCCUGAUAAAAAUGGACCCGAGUUGGAGAAAUUUGUUCUGGAAACAAAUUAUGAAGAGCCUUCUGCUACAGUAAAUGGGACAAGCUUUCACCAACUAAGUUCUUCAAAUAUUGCCCUUGAACAUGCUGUCACCAAUAAGCAGUUUGAAGCUACCAGUUCCAAUUUCUCGAGUGAUCAAGUCAGCAACUUUACAUCUCAUGUGACUUUCAUGUUUCCUACUGAAAAUGCUAUUUUCAUUCAGGGUAGUAGCGAAGUUAAUAUUUCCCCACUUAGGAAAUUCUGGGAACCGAUGCCAUCAAAGUCUCUGAGUUCAGAGAGAAGGGCAAGUUCAAUUCCUGAACUUCCCAGUAUAGAUGAAGAGACUGAGAAUAUGGAUGAUGACAUUGUUAUCACCAGUCCAAAGAAAGCAAUAAAGACUGUUGAAAGGAAGCCACUUGCUGACAUCACAGAAUCUGCAGAUCAUCCAGCUUCAAUAUGUGACGAAGAUGAGGUAAUAGAUGAUAGGUAUAGUCUUGCUUCUGUGUGCACAGAGUUCAGUGUGGCUUCUAGCACUCGCAACACUAAGACUGGGAAUCAGACGAGCAGCAGACGUAGAUAUGACUAUGCUGCUAGUAAUAAGCGGAAGUUGAAGCAGCACCAGCAGCAGCCAAAGGUCCCACUUGGAGUUAAAAGGAAUGAUGGUUCGUUACAGAACAGGUUGUUCAGCAAGCCGCCAAAGUUGUCCAGGAAGAACGAGCCGAGAAAAGUUAGCGCUGGUUUAUUGGAGAAGGAGCCUAAACAUAACAAUAUUGUGUCGAAUGUUACUUCCUUUGUUCCGUCGGUGCAACAACAAAAGCAAAUGGCCGCAGCUGCAGCUGUUAUAGGAAAGAGGGAUAUCAAAGUGAAGUCGCUUGAAGCAGCAGAGGCUGCUAAACGGCUUGCUGAGAAGAAAGAGAAUGAUCGAAGGUUGAAGAAGGAAGCUUUGAAACUUGAGCGAGCAAGGAUUGAAGAGCAGAACUUGAGGCAGCUGGAGAUGGAGAAAGGAAGGAAGGAAGAAGAACAGAAGAAGAAGGAGGCGGAGAUGGCUACCAAGAAACGGCAGAGAGAAGAAGAACAGAAGAAGGAGAGAGAAAGGAAAAGAAAGCGGAUUGAAGAUACCAGAAGGCAGAACAUGGAACAGAGAGACAAAAUGAAUAAUGGUUACAAAGAAGAAGCCAAGUGCUGUGGAGAAGCUCCGGAUGUUAAGACAAGUAAACUGAAGGAGAAAUCAGGCGAAGAAGAAAGGACGGAGAAGGAAACUAGGACAAAGAAUCCAAGCAUUGAUCAUGCAACUUGUGAUACGAGGAGUAGUAAUUCAGGUGAUAUUUCAAAGGCUGUAAUGAAAAGCCAAAUAUGUGAGGGAAAAGAGACCAACUACAGCUUGGACUCCAACAUUAUACCAGAAAGAUCAUACGAGAUUUCACCAUACAAAUUUUCCGAUGAUGAAGAUGAAGAAGACGAGGACAAUGAUGAUAAGCCCAAUACAAAAUUUAUUCCCUCCUGGUCCAGAAGAAGUGGCAUCACGUUUACCAUCUUGUCCCAGCAAGCAAAGUUAGAUCCAGCAACUAUUUUCCCGCUCGAAAGCUUUGUCAGUAAAGAUCAAGUUGUCUUGCCCAGAAAGCUCCGGCUCCUAUAGUUACAACAUAAAGGCAAACGAUGGUCCAUGUUCAGGCAGUUGAGACUCCAAGAAGCCAGAAAUUCUUUUUACAAGGUCUUUUUGUACAUCUAACUCCUUUUUUGUUAUCUGACCAGAGCUAGGGUUAAUGCGAUGUUAUCUCUAAGGGAAAGUAGGAACUCUCUGCCUUAGAGAGAGAGACGACCAAGGGACAAGGGUUGGCUCAACUUGGCUGCCUAGCUAGUCCACUUACUUAUGAAGAUGUUCUCUGUGCGCUGCUAUGUUAAAUGGCUACUUACCAGCUAAGUUUCUUGUUAAUGCCUAAACAGCAGGAAGCCAUUGCUCUCCUUUAUCUAGUUACUGCUCUCCAUCAGAAAGUAAUGCGACAUGCGAUUGUGCAGUAAUCCGACUUGGUUAUCGGAUAAGGCAAAUGUAGAUAUGUGCUUACACAAUAAUUUGAUUGUGAUCAAGCAUGCAUGGAUGUCAAAAUAUGAUACUUAUAGUUAUACCUGCUCAUCCAACAUAUUCGGCAAAUUGGUCAGAAGACGAAAACAAAACAUUACUUAUCGACAAUAUUCUUACGCAAGUGAAAUUUUCGUGUAUUGUGAUGAUAUAUAAGUGAACCAUAUAUUUUUAUAUAAAAGUCUUAGUUUAUGGUUUAAUAAUCAUUAAGUGGGUUUUUGGUAAUUUACAUAAACUUUAGUGGCACUUUUAGUUGAAUCGUCGAAAGACUCAAAUACGAACAAAAACGUCGAUCUGAUGAUAAAAAAAAAAGAUAAAAAGAAAUAAAAAGAGGAUUUCUCAAAGAUUAAUUAAAAGCCAACCAAUCACACAUAUUCGGAUCACAUGUAUAUCGGGGUUGCUUUUCCCAUUUUCGAGUUCUUAUACAUUGACGAUCUUUGUGAGUUUUUCGGAUAUCUAACUAGAGAUCGGUUGAUCGUGCGUAUUUUAAUCACGUGUAUUUUGGCGAUCUAUUUUCCAUUUUAAAGAGGCUUUAUGGUAAAUAAUCAACUGUAAAACCAUUAGCCAUAAUGUUACAUGUGGGCCCUUUCAAAUCUCUGUAUUUUUAUUUUGAAUACCCUCUUUUCUUUCUUCUCUUUUAUUUAUAUAUAUAUUUUCCUUUUCUUUUAUUUGUCUCUCAAAAAUUGUAAUGAAACGAACUUCUUAGUCCGUAUUUUAUUUUUAACCAUCUUAUUUAUCUCUUUUUUGAUAGUUCGAAUAUGAAGACAACUGAAAUUUUUUUUAUUCUCUAUCAAAGGAAUAUAAGUGUCAUUUGAACCAACGACACAAGAUGCUACGUCCUUCCUUCAUUUUAUUUUUUUGUGACUCAAAUAACUUUAUUGUUCGUAUUUGGCUUUGCCUCCUUAUUUAUCUUUUUAGCGAUUUGCUAGAUCCGAGGACACCCGCAAGGUGGAAGAACUGAUAAUGAUAGUAGUACUCAUCGAAUAACAAGAGGAUCAAAAUAAUAAAGUCUCAACAAUUCA